AUGAAAACUACUGCGCCCAGGAAACCCAAGUCGCUGCUUGGAAUCAAGGAGCCAGGGGCUACAACUGUCACUGGUACUAUUGUAAUGCUUGAUGAUCCAAAUGAAGACGAUGAUGUUAAUUCUAUGAAGAAAUCAACCACUGGUGUCAUUUUAAACCCUCAACCUCAUGACUCACCCAACGAUCCUUUGAACUGGUCUGUAUGGAAACGUGAUUUAUGCUUGUUGAUUAUUGGAUUUGCCAGUUUUCUAGGUGGUGGUCAGUCGCCAUUAUUGGCAGCAGGUUUAGGCUCAUUGGCUAUCGAAUUUGACAAGCCAUUAACGACAAUUUCCUACUUGGUUGGUGGGUUUAUGUUGUCAUUGGGAGUUGGGUCUGUCAUUGCUAGUCCUACUGCCGUCCUUUAUGGGAAGAGGUUGGUGUAUAUAGCUGGUACUUUUAUCUUUGCAAUGGGAGCUGUAUGGGGAGGCGCAGCUAACAGUUUUGGAAACUUGAUGGGCGCAAGAGUACUAACUGGUAUUGGUGCCUCUCCAACUGAAUGUUUGCCCAGUUCUACAAUUGCUGAGAUCUAUUUUGCUCAUGAAAGAGCAUACAGAGUUGGACUUUAUACGAUGUUGAUGUUGGGUGGGAAAAAUAUUAUCCCUCUUUUAUCAGCUUUGGUAUUUCAAUAUUUGGACAGACAUUGGUUAUUUUGGAUUUUGGCCAUGUUUUUAGGCUUUACCACCAUUAUGAUUUUCUUGUUUGUUCCUGAUACGUUUUGGGAUAGGACUCCAACACCUUCCAAAAGAUCAAUAGCUGAAACUGAAGCAGCACAAAAUGUUAAAUCAUAUCAUCCACCUUCUCAAAGACCAAACGCAUUUGCAUUGCAAAACAACCGUCAGCAACCCAGCUCACAAGAUAUACAUAGUCUUUCGUCGUCGAUUGCUGACUACACAUCUCAAGGUGUAACGGAAAAACCAGUCGCUAUAACCGAAUCGACUCAACCACCAGUUGAAUAUGAAAAGAAUAGCUAUUGGAAAGAUGUAAGAAUUUAUCAAGGUCGUUUCACUAAAGAUAGUUGGUGGAUGGUGGCCUUGAGACCAUUUGUUUUGUACACAUACCCCCAUGUCCUAUUUGGAUCUUUUAUCUAUUCAUUGGCUGUUGUUUGGCUUAUUGUGAUUUCAGAAACAAUUGCCGAAAUUUUCAGAAACCCACCCUAUGGUUACAGUCAGCAAACUGUUGGUCUUUUCUAUAUAUCGCCAUUUGUAGGUGGAAUUAUUGGAUCUUUAUCUUGUGGAUUGAUUUCAGAUAGAUUGAGUCGAUACUUUGUUGCUAGAAACAGAGGUAUUUAUGAACCAGAGUAUAGGUUGAUUAUGAUUAUCCCAUCUACAUUGCUCAUAACUAUUGGUUUAAUGGGUUAUGGUUGGUCAUCAACAGUGGAAGAUCCAUGGAUUGCCCCCGUAAUAUUUUUUGGCGCCAUGUCUUGUGGCUCAUCAAUGGCAUCAACUACAGCUAUCACAUUUUCGGUCGAUUCAUACAAGAUGUUUGCAUCAGAAACUUUGGUUUCUUUUAAUUUUCUUAAAAACUUGCUUGGGUUUUGUUUUUCAUUGUUUAAUAAUAAAUAUGCUGCUAAACAAGGUUAUAAAUCGGCCUAUGUUACCUAUGGAGGUAUUCAAUUAUUUGUUAGUUUGUUUGCUAUACCGUUGUACAUUUAUGGUAAAAAAGUGAGAAACUGGACCGAUGAGAAGGAGUUGAUGAGAAGCUUGUAUCAUGAAGAUAACGUACCACCUAGUGUGUAUUCAAAGAGCAAAUAUGAUGAUGACGAGUCUAUUAGUAACAUUUCAAGUGAAGAGCGUGCCAGGAGUAUGCAUGAGGAAACUUAG